AUGAGGGUGUGGUCACUGGAACAGUGCGGGGAGACGUGCGUGGUCCUCCUGGGCUUCCUGACACUGGCAGUGUCAGUAGGGAACCUGUCCACCAGGGGGCUGCAGGAGGAUGGCGUGGCGUCGAACAGUCUGGAGGAGGAGCUGGAGGUGACCACUUACUGGUGGGGGGAGUGGGCCAAGUGGACGGCCUGCACUCGUACCUGUGGAGGGGGAGUGAUGUCACAGGAGAGACACUGCCUCAAACAGAGAAAGAAAGUUGCUGCCGGGAAGGACAACAUGACCUGUACAGGAACUGCUAAGAAAUAUCAUCUCUGCAACAUUAAAGAAUGUCCUGCCACUGGGAGGAGCUUCAGAGAGGAGCAGUGCUGGUCCUUCAACUCUCAGCUUUACAAUGGGAGGAACUACCAGUGGAAACCUCUGUAUCCUGAUGACUACGUUCACAUCUCCAGUAACCCCUGCGACCUCCACUGCACCACCACCGAUGGCCAGAGGCAACUGAUGGUGACAGCGCGAGACGGCACUUCCUGCAAAUACAGCAGUUACCGCGGCGUCUGCGUGGAUGGUAAGUGUGAGCCCAUUGGAUGUGAUGGAGUAUUGUUUUCCUCCAACACGUUGGAUAAGUGUGGGGUUUGUCAGGGCGACGGCAGCAGCUGCAGCAGAGUCACCGGGAACUUCCGCCGUGGGGCCAUGACGCUGGGUUACUCUUUCAUCACUCAAAUCCCUGAGGGAUCAUGGGACAUCCAGAUCAUUGAGAGGAAGAAGUCAGCUGAUGUUCUAGCUGUGACCGACCAGGCAGGCAACUUCUUCUUUAAUGGGGCCUACAAGGUGGACAGUCCCCAGAACUUCCACGCAGCAGGAACUGUUUUCAAGUACCGCCGGCCCAUGGAUGUGUACGAGACCGGGAUCGAGUACAUCGUAGCCAAAGGUCCUAUUGACCAGGCCAUCAAUAUUCUGGUGUGGAACCAGAACGGCCGCACACCGUACAUUACAUACGAAUACACCGUCCUCCGAGACUCCCUACCACCCGUCCCACCUCCUCCAGUCUACACCGGAUCAGACACCUCAGCCGGAGAGAUUUCUGUGGAGGUGGGGGGUCCGCUAGCCCCUAACAGCAGUAUUUAUGACCAGGCAGCCCCUGAUGGCCAGUUGGAACCAGGAGGAGCAGAGGGUCAGAAGGGCCAAGAGACCAACGAGGUGUACGAGGAGACAGCAGCCAUUGACUGUGACCAGGAUGGAGCAGCUGCCCCAAAAUUUUCAGAGGGAAACAGCAGUCAUACAGGCAGCACUGCCAACCCUGCCCCUGCUGGUGGCCCCCUGGAUACGGGUCCAGGCUCCCCAAACCUCAUCUGGAGGGUUCUACUGGAUGGCCGAAUCAGCCCAGAUGAGCUGCUCAUCAACAUCUCAACCAAUCAGCUGCUGACAGAGGGAGACAGUUUGUUCUCGUCAGAGGUGGGACCAGUAGAGGUGGACCAGAGCAGCCUGGAGCAAGACGGGCAGUUUGGUCUCAACGACACGCUGGAAUUUACUCUGGGGCGAAAGCGCAACGACAGCGGCGACAGUUCCUACCAGAACAAAACAAUGCAGAGCAGUGGGAGGACCUCCAGCCGCUCCAACAGAACCAGAGGAAAUCAAAGGAUCUACCAGAAGAACCUGAAGCUGAGUGCUGCUGACAUGUACCGCUGGAAACUUUCCUCUCAGGAGCCCUGCAGCAUGACCUGCUCUAUCGGAGUGUCAAAGUCCUUCGUCACAUGUAUUCGCUAUGAUGGUGUCGAGGUCCACGAUAUGUACUGUGAUGCUCUGACCCGACCAGAGCCGGUCCACGACUUCUGUAUUGGGAGGGAAUGUCAGCCCAGAUGGGAAGCAAGCAGCUGGAGCGAGUGCUCCAGGACCUGUGGGGAGGGUUUCCAGUUUCGUCAAGUUCGCUGUUGGAAGAUGCUGUCGCCGGGCCUGGACAGCUCGGUCUACAGUGACCUCUGCACCAUGGCCGACUUGGAGAGACCUGUGGAGAGACGGCCCUGCAAGAGCCCCGCCUGCGGUCCCCAAUGGGAGGUGGCUGAGUGGACUGAGUGUCCUGCUAAAUGUGGCCGCAAAGCCCAGGUGACUCGCGAUGUCCGCUGCUCUGAUGAGACCAGACCAUGUGACCCAAUGACCAAACCACCAAACAUCAAAAACUGUACCGGUCCGCCCUGUGAACGCCACUGGACCGUGUCCGAGUGGGGGCCCUGCUCGGGGUCGUGUGGCCAGGGGAAGAUGGUGCGUCAUGUGUACUGCAAGGCUCCGGAGGGUCGCGUGGUUCCUGAGAACCAGUGCUCUGCGGAGAACAAGCCGCUGGCCAUCCACCCUUGUGGGGAGAGAGACUGUGCUCCACACUGGCUGAGCCAAGACUGGGAGAGGUGUAACACAACCUGUGGUCGUGGCGUGAAGCGAAGGACUGUCCUGUGUGUCGGCAUCAGUGCAGGAAAGUUCCAGAUCUUUGAUGAUGUGGCGUGUGGAGGUGGCGAGAAGCCCGAGGAGGAAAACACCUGCUUUGAGAGGCCGUGCUUCAAAUGGUACACCACCCCCUGGUCUGAGUGCACUAAGACAUGUGGCGUGGGUGUGAGGAUGAGGGAUGUGAAGUGUUACCAGGGCAGAGAGCUGGUCCGAGGCUGUGACCCCCUCACCAAACCGGUGUCCAAGCAGACCUGCACCCUGCAGGCAUGCCCCACUGAGCCUCCAGAUGAGAGCUGCCAGGAUCGUCCCUCCACCAACUGCCUGCUGGCACUGAAGGUCAACCUGUGCAGCCACUGGUACUACAGCAAGGCCUGCUGCCACUCCUGCCGCGCCGUACGACCUCCAACCUCCUAG